UUCCUGUCAAUUGUCACUCUCUCUCUCUCUCUCUCUCCUCUUUAUAAUAAUUCCCUUUCCUCCUCCCUCAAAUAUGAAUUCAACUAAUUAGCCCCCUCUCUUCUCUCUAAUUCUCUCUCACUAUGGAACAGCAAGGUGGAAAUGAAGAGAAAACGGUGUGCAGACAGAGCAGUACGAGGUGGACGCCGACAAGCGACCAGAUAAGAAUCUUGAAGGAUCUAUACUACAACAGUGGCGUCAGGUCUCCCACGGCCGAGCAGAUUCAGCGAAUCUCCGCCAAGCUGAGGCAGUACGGCAAGAUCGAGGGCAAAAACGUCUUUUACUGGUUCCAGAAUCACAAGGCCCGCGAGCGCCAGAAGAAGCGCUUCACCGCCGAUCAUCAUCAUCCCAUUCCCAUCUACUCCAACUUCCCUAACAACAUAAACCCUCCUGGGAAUUUUGCGUCUUCUUCUGCUGCUGGCUUGCUCAAUGGCUAUGGAUCUGUGGCCAUGGAGAAUAGCUUUAGAGAAUGCACCAUAACACCAAGUGCAAAUGUGGGAGGGCAGAAUUUGGCAUGGUUUGGGGUUGAUACCUAUCCUUCGCCCUACCCUUUUCUUGAAAUGUCAAGAAGCAUCAACAACCAAACCCUACUUCAAGCUGCCGAGGAGGAGGCCUCGGAGAUCGAGACCCUCCCCCUCUUCCCAAUGCACGGCGACGCCAAGCAAGACUGGCACCACCGCGGCGAUGAUGCCAUCGCCGCCGCUUCAUUGGAGCUCAGCCUCAACCCCUACGCCGCCGGAUUCCGUCAUUAAGGCGUCAAUAUCUAGCUAGGGCUACUACAUGAAAUAGUUGUACAAAUUCAUUAGUACUAUUAAUCUCUCUAUUAUAUCAUUAAUUGAUGAUGAUGGUGACUUACCCUUUCUUAAUUAGGGACUUUUAAUGAAUCCAUAUUUAUAA